CCGGCUGAUAAGAGCCUCAACCCAGCCUAGUUCUUUAUCGCUGAGAUCGCAUGCGACCCUGACUGACUACUGCGAGAGACAGUGACAGCUGCAGUACACUGGAUUUCUUCCCGUAGUCGCCUUUAUGCAGGGCCACAUUAUGCGAAGAGACUUGCUACCGUGACACCAUUGCUACCCACUAGACAUCUUUGAUUGACGGACUUUCUAGCCAGGAAACAUCCUCAUCAUGCCGUUGACCUUCUGUCCCAACUGCAGCAAUGCGCUCACCAUUUCUCGCGCAGAGCCGACUGGAAGACAUCCAUUGGGCGUCAACCGCUUCGAGUGCCGCACCUGCCCCUACCAAUAUGUCCUGGAACAGAGCUGGUUCGAGAAGACUCCGAUGAAGCAGAAAGAGGUCGAGGAUGUAUUUGGUGGCAAGGAAGAAUUUGCGAAUGCGGAUAGCGUGGCCACCCAAUGCCCCGCAGAGAACUGUAAUGGCGACCGUGCAUAUUUCUUCCAGCUGCAGAUUCGGAGUGCAGAUGAACCGAUGACUACAUUCUUGAAGUGUACCACGUGCGGCGCCAGAUGGAGAGAAAAUUGAUGUGUCUUGCCCCUCGAUCCAAGUUGGGACUAUACGCCUAUAAUCUUUGGGAACAUGUUUUUUUUUGUCUUGUGGAUUAGACUAUAGAGAGAAGCAGUGGAGUUGUCUUCCGACGCAAAUGGGUUCGGUUGCUGGUGGUUUUUUUUUGGAGUCAACUCUUGAAGUCUAAACUUCAUGAGGUCGACCUUGGGUCCUUACGAUGGCCUGUGUGAUGAUGUAUACAUCUAUCUAGCUUAAACAGAUACCCCUCAAUAGAUGAUUGACCGC